UUCCCACAGAUACUGCAGUACCGAUAGCACGUUACUCACCGACAUCUACUGUGCCGGCGUCCGUAACAGGAUGGAGAUGACCCACAUCUCGGUAGGUGCCCUGGUGCUGGUGCUGAUGUCACUCUCAGAGCCGUGCGAGUCGGCUAAGAUCCUGGGCCUGAUGAGCACGGCGUCGCCGAGCCACUACCACUUCAACCGCGCCCUCAUGCUCGAGCUGGCCCGCAGGGGCCACCAGGUGACCGUCUUCACCCCAGACGUGGAGAAGAGCCCGGUCCCCAACUACCGGCUCAUCCUCUCCGAGAGGGGCUACGAGGGCCUGCGGGAGGGGGAGGAAGAGCAGUUCGAGGACCUGGCGGAACGCAGCCACUGGUACCUGGCCAAACAGCUGUUCGACUGGGGAGAGAUGUGCUGCGACCACGCCAUCAACUCCGAAGGCGGCCGCCGGCUGAUGGAGCUCACCAAAAACGAAACCUUCGACUUGAUCAUCGCGGAAGUGAUGAUACAGGAGUGCCUCUUGGGAUUCGUACACGAGUUCGGAAAUCCCCCUCUCAUCGGGAUCAUAGCCUACGGGAGCCCUCCGUGGGCCAACGAGCUGGUGGGGAACUUCCACAACCCGGCCUACGUGAACACCUACACCUUGCAGCAUACGGACCACAUGACGUUCCUGCAGAGGGUCCACAACUUCGUGUUCGACACAGCUGUCGGCCUCUACCGCAAAUACCACUACUUGCCAGUGCAGGACGAGAUCGCUCGGAAGUUCUUUGGCAAGUCCGUGCCUCCGCCCAGUGAAAUAGAGAAGAAUUUUCAGUUUGUGAUGGUGAACUCGCACUUCAGCUUCGACUACCCGAAGCCUCUGGUGCCGGCCAUUAUAGAGAUUGGUGGAUUGCAAGUGGAACCACCGAAGCCACUGCCUAAGGACAUAAAGCAGUUCCUCGACGCGGCGACGGAAGGCGUCAUCUACAUGAACCUGGGCACCAACAUCCGCAGCGACAUGCUCAAGGACUACCAGCGGAGUGCCUUCCUCGAAGCGUUUGCAGAGCUGCCCUACAAGGUCCUCUGGAAGUUCGAGGCUGAAGACUUGCCGGGGAAGCCGGCGAACGUCAAGAUCAUGAAGUGGAUUCCGCAGAACGAUGUCCUGGCCCACCCCAACGUGAGGGUGUUCCUGGCGCACGGCGGCCUGCUGGGGACCUUCGAGACGCUGUACCACGGGGUGCCGGCAGUGGUGGUGCCGUACAUGCUGGACCAGGCGCUCAACAUGCACAAGCUGGUCGCCCACGGCGUCGCUGUGGAGCUGGACCCUCUGACUCUGACCAAAGAGAAGGUCUUGGACGCUCUCAACAGAGUCCUCAAGGAUCCCAGUUACAGGGAAAACAUGAAGCGGCUGUCAGCCAUCUAUCGGGACAAGCCGCAGACAGCCCUGGAGACGGCCGUCUGGUGGACAGAGUACGCUCUGAGGCACCAGGGGGCGCCACACAUGCGCUCCGCCUCCCUGGACCUCUACUGGUACCAGAGGUGGUUGCUGGACAUCAUCGCCUUCGUCCUCCUGGUCGCUGCCUCAGGCUGUGCUGCUGUCUACCUUCUAGUCAAGAAGCUCAUCUCUUCACUCUGGCCCAACAGUGGGAAGGUCAAGACCCACUGAUGGGCAAAUAGGGCUAAUCAAAACGUGUGGACGAUGCUGUAUCUCUGUCGGUCUUGUAGUGAAGAAGCUCGUAACUUCACUCUGAGCCAACUGUAGAAACGUCAACACCUGUCAUGACAUAUGAGAAGCUCAAGACCAACUGAUACGCAUGUGACCAGAUGGGAUUGUAAUCAGUGCAUGUGGUGGAUGAUAUUGACAGUGCACAGUGCUCCCAAAGAGCAGCAUCUUUAUACUGUGAUCUCUCGCAUGGUUUACGUUUUCUAGUCAGUCUAUUGCUUCUAGUAAUUCCAUGCAGAUUAAAAAUCUAACUGUGAAAGACUAUAAACCUGAGAAUAAUGAACUGUAAUGUGUGUCGUGGUGGUUCCUAGACUGGAAAACCUUAAUUCCUGGAACACAUGUAGGUAUAGUAGUAGAAAAGUCGUUCCCUGGUUUGGAAGCACAUUCUUUUUGGAUUUAUGGUCCACAGUUCCAGGGUGAAGGAUUAUAAAGGAAACAUACUGGGGACAGGAGAGCCAUUAUACCAGAACUGAUCAUGAGUAGAGUUUUGACAUAUACGAGAUCACAAGAAUGAGUCCUCUGUUUCCUACCCACCGUUUGUUUUCCUGUUAGGUCAGGACGAUUAUUGGCAUCUAUCUAGACGUAAGCAAGAAUGUUCCUGUAAUUUGUACUGUUAAUAAAUAAACGUCAUAUUGAUGUAAUUUUUUCGGAUUAAUAAAUGAUUACUUUAUAA